UACCACGUGAGCUGCAGACAGCCUAUGAGAAGCUCGGAUCUAUUACGGUUCCCUGAAAAGUUGUGGUCAUCUUUUCCUAAAAUACAUCACACACUUGUCUGUUGCGCGACAGUGUAGAUGUGCGAAGAGGGUGGCGUGGAAGGCGAUAUGCGGUGUUCUAUUUUUGCCACAAGGAACUAAGUUUUUAUGGUUCAUGACAGUUCGCGCUACACUUUUCUCGCUGUAGUACGCAUGUAUUGUAAAAUCGUAUAGUUGUUCAAGACCUUGACUACUUGUGAACUUUUUUUUUUUUUACUGUUCUAAUGCGCAUACAUUUCCUUGUGUUUUGAUUUAGCGAGGGUUUUUAUAAGUUUCGAGGUAUGUUAUUUGCUGUGCUCAGAUUGAUCUUGGUGCGGAUUAUUAGAUGUGUGAAUAUAACGUGACGCCAAAGUGUUUGUUGAUAAUGAUAACGCAUAUUAGCGGUAUCGUCUGUUAUGUUUUGAAGUGUUAGGUUAAAAUGUACAAAGUGCAGGAAAGUGACUUGUAAUAGUUUCACUAAGUGGACUAGUUAGUUGAGGUUAGGUUUUGUGAAGUUUUAUUAAGUCUUCGUGCCGAAUAGUGACAAAAGUAUACAUUUGAUAAAGAAAUGGAAAGACUAGGUGUGUAAACCAUGGAGAAAUGAAUUUGGUGUUGCCUGCAUGGAGUUCAAGUUAGCAAAAGUAUAGCAUGUGUUUACAAUUUUGAGUGGUGAUGUUUGGGGCUAACAAAUUGGCUUGUUGACUGGGUGCUUAGUGCAACCACCAAGUGGAGACAUUAAAUGCUAUGCUAAUGUGUGGCCUGGUCAGGGGAUGGAACACGAUGACUCGGGGCAGCCAGAUCUCAAGUUGAGUGAUGUCAUUGAAGUCAUCGAGACGGACCAGGAGCAGAGUAGCGGUGUCAGAGGGAUGUACGGCGGGGGAGGCCCGGGGACGGCCAUGGACGACGCCCGCCUGAGGGCGGCCUCCGUGAAGAUCGUGGAGCAGCCGGCGUCGAAGGCGCUGCGCUUCCGCUACGAGUGCGAGGGGCGGUCCGCGGGCAGCAUCCCGGGCAAGCACAGCACGCCCGAGAACAAGACCUUCCCCAGCAUACAGGUUGUGGGCUACAAAGGUCGUGCUUUGGUGGUCGUGUCAUGUGUGACGAAGGAUCCCCCGUACCGUCCACAUCCUCAUAACCUGGUGGGCAAGGAAGGCUGCAAGAUGGGGGUGUGCACUUUGGAAAUCAACCAAGAGACGAUGGCAGCGACGUUCUCUAACCUCGGGAUCCAGUGCGUGAAGAAAAAAGAUAUUGAGGAAGCUCUGAAGACACGUGAAGAGAUUGGAGUUGACCCCUUUAAAACGGGUUUCCAGCAUCGCAGCCAGACAACUAGCAUCGACCUGAACGCGGUCAGACUGUGCUUCCAAGUGUUCUUGGAAGGAAAUCAUAGAGGCAAAUUCAACUAUCAGCUCCCACCGGUCGUGUCUGAGCCUAUUUACGAUAAAAAGGCGAUGUCGGACCUGGUGAUCUGCAGGCUCAGCGACUGCUCCUGCACGGUGGCGGGAGGGCGAGAGAUCAUCCUCUUGUGUGAGAAGGUGGCCAAAGAGGAUAUUGAGAUAAGGUUCUUUGAAGGUAAUGAAAACAAGCCUGUUUGGGAGGCUCGAGGUGACUUCCAACCCACGAACGUCCACAAGCAGGUUGCUAUUGCCUUCCGAACACCUCGCUACCGGACUCUGGAGACAGAUGCUCCAGUCAAAGCAUUUGUCCAGCUGCGGAGGCCGUCAGAUGGGGCGACCAGCGAACCAUUACCGUUCGAAUUCCUUCCCUUGGACUCAGGUAGGCCAGCUUUUUGGUCACUCCGCAGGGCUCUUGCUAAGAAGGGUGAUUACACUAUUUUCUCGAGCAUUCUGGCUACCAACUCUGCCCUUCUCACACGCGUAGGUCCUAAAGCUCAAGCUGCUAGUGCACCUAGCAAACAGUCUUCUGCCACUCCUCACGUGAGCUUUGCCGACUUACCGAAAGUAGAUAAGAGUCCAUUUUUGAAGAAUUCUGAUAUGUCUAAAUCUGGCAUCGAGGAAAAGACGCCAACGGAUGAUGACGUUAUUGUUGUGGGUGAUGUUCCGGCUUCUCAGGAGUUGAAAGAAACACCUUUAGAAAAUUUGUACGACUACUCCGAAGUGAAGAAAUGGACAAAAACACAAUCAGAGUUUGAGGUUGAUGACAAUGCAAAUAUUGAAUCUCUAACCUCACUGGAGAAGAAGACAGAUGAACCAGGAUUGGCACAGCAAGGUGAGAACGUAGAUGUUAUUAUGUCCGACAGCGAGACUUGCAAUUCACUUAAUGAGCUUUUGACUCAGGUUGCAGAAUUGGAUGAGAUAUAUUCAGACACACGAGCACGUCUCAUGAACCCAGACAUCGGGAAAGUUUCCCCAUCUGUGGACGUGGUCAGUCACUCUCCAGAAGACGUGGAGAUGGCUAUAGAUGAAUAUUUUGAUGACAGCCAGACCUACUCGAGUCUGCAACUGGCCAUGAAGAACCCAGUAGAGCCGACGGGUUACGAAGACGUGACUCCUCCCGCCCCUUUCAUAUCCGUGUCGCAGACGGCACCGUCCGUGCCACCCCACCUCACCACGAAGAGGGAAAACACGGUAUUGCCAGAUUCUCCAGACUCCAAACUACCUCCUCUACCUCCGAAGAGAGUUCGCAAGAGUCCGCCCACUCCUCCGGCCCGACCGGAGCACUUGCUCAGCUACGAGCCACCUCCGUCUCCGCAGCCGGUCAAGUCGGUAACCCAGGCUCCGAGCAAAGAUCUGCCAGACACGCCUGCAGUCACUGCAAAGCCACCAAAACCCAGUUUGUUCCAGAAGCUGUUCUCUAAGAAAGGCAAGUCCGGCAAAAGGGACAAAUCUGGAACUCCGCGUAGCGGCGUGUCGAGGGAGGGGAGCAUUGGCAAUCUGUCGACCGCAGAGUCGGUUCAGGAUAAAGACGAGGUGGUGGUGGCGGUCACGCCCCCCUCCCCUACCCAGCCGGAUGCCACGGAGGCGGAGCACUACGCCCUGUACACUGACAUGGCACCUCACGCCACGGCUUCCGAGUUCGACGAGACGUCGUUCUACUACAGCCCCGUGGAGGGUGGCCGCAUUCUGGCAACUGGCGAGGAGAGCAGGAUUAUUCUUCCAACCAAGAACAGGGAUAUCUACACUUGAUUUAUUUAUGGUUUGCAUUACAUUUGUUUGAUCAAACAGAGUUGUUGAUGUGUGUUUUGGAACUAAAUGUAGAUAUAUUUUGUUGUUACUUAAAGUUUUAGAUUUUCCCCCCAAAAUUUUGUUUUUUAAUAUUUUCAUUGUGAUAGUUUCAUAGUUAGUUUGUUACUAGACACUUUUAAUGUUCUCUUAACUUUGUACAUACAGGGUUGUACAAGUACAUAUGUGACAAAUUACAAAAGAUUGUGAUUAUUAUUUUAGAUCAUGGUGCUGAUAGUCAGUGUAGUUAGUGGUCGCAAUUUAUGCUGUGAAUGAGAUUUGACAACAUUAUUUCAGUGUGAAUACAAAUAACAAUAAACUAAAGAAUGUCAUGUAACCGGUCAAAGAAAAUUUUUAGAUUCAGUCAGCUAUGUUGCUUGAAGUUACUCAGUGAUAUAGCCCUAAAAAUUGGUAACUUAUAGUAUUUUAUACAAGGAAACUGUUGUACGCUAUCCUUAAAGAGAUCACUCAACUGUUUCCUGUAAAAUGCUGUAUUCAAUUUGAGUGUGCAGUUAUGUUAUACUCAACUUAUCUCCUUACAGUAAAUUCCACUUCAUCAUUAAUUUCCCAAGAAGUCAAAUCCAUAUAUUUUGCAAAAGGGCACUCUUGUAUAAUAAGUAUUUCUAAAGUUCAGAUCCUGAUGUCAGAUAUGUGUUCAAUUUUAAAAGGUGGUGCAAAAUAUUCAGCAUUUUUUCACUUAUUUUGAUGUGUUCUCUUGUAAUUGACAUACAUAUUAUUUUUUAAUGGUUAAAUUAAAAUCAAUAAGACUAAAUGUUUUAUUACAUAUUGUAUAUACCGUAUUUACCUGAAAACAAUGUGACCCCAAACUUUUUGAUGAUGAAUUUAUGAAAAAUGCUUCAUGGAGUAGAAAUCCCAAUUCAGGUACAUAGCACUUGAAAGUUAUUUAAAUUAAUACAUUUUUUUUCCAUAUAUACUAAACCCUUUCUGGUGCCACUUUUGUCAGUAGAGUAUUUUACACGCCUCUUUUGAAACAUCAAGCUGCAGUUAGGAAAAGAAAUUUUUUUUUUUAUGUUUUUAGUUGAAAAGCAGCUGUUCAGAAAGCAGAGAAUGGGGUGGUAUAUGAUGUUCUGGUUGCCUGGGAGGGUGAAAAGGUAGAAGAGGCGUUGCAUUCAUCCUGCGUCAGUCAUGCCUGUGCAGAGGUUUAGGCAUAAGUGAUGUGGGUUUAGUUUUUCAACUAAUUGGGGGUUCAGGAAGUGGUCUAAAGUGUCUUAAGUGACACAUUUAAUAGGCAAAGCCUGCAGUUUUUCAAAUAAACCGUUCCCAAUGACAGAAUACAAGUUGAUGUAUUUUUAGUUUCCAUAGUUUUGGUAAAAAUUGUAGGAAUAUAUUCAGGUUAACAUGGUAUAAUUAUACUUUCACAUAAACAACCACACUAAACUUACAAGUUUACCACAACUGUUAUCUGUUUUGUUAAAUAAAGAAAAGCUGCCUGUUUGGCGAGACUUGUAAUCUUGACAACUAAUGGGUAGAGGUCUUUGUAACUACAUGGCUCUGUCGAAAGUUGUAGGUUCAGUUCCAGCCCCUUGCAAUUACAAAUUUUCACGAAUAUUUUUGUACUUUUAUAAGAAAUGAGUUGGAUAUUAAACUCAGUGUAGUUGCCUUCCCCAGUUUUAUUCAGCUGUUACAUUACAGUAUCACCUCAUAAGGAAUAUUUAUGAUUUUUUUUUAAACAAAAAAACUGCAUGAUUUUGGUUUUUAGCUUUUUAUGAUAUGUAUUCUUGUACAGCCCUGUUGGUCUCAAAAUUUUUCAUUGCUUUUCUGUUUUUGAUACACCUAUAUGAAUGCUUGAUGUCCAUAGAAGCUGGAAAGCAUGUGGUAUGUGUUGUGUAUUGCUUUUCGCUGCAGAGUGUGUUUGUAUUUUGAAAGUAUUGUGGUCUUUCAGGUAAUUUUUUCACUUUGUGGCAAAAUCCCUGGCCAUAUUAAACAGAAAAUGCCUUAUUUUGUAUCAUAAUUUUUCUAUGAAUGUUGUGUAAAGUGCUCUAAUACUAAUGUGGAAUUUUGAUUUUCUGACUUUAGGGGCAAAUUAUUUACAAAACAGUAGUCAGGUACCUAAGUAUAUUUAUAAUUUUGGAAGUUCAUAUAUCUCCAAAGAUUUUUCAUGAAAUUUUAUAAUGAUUUAAGAUAGAGCAAUAUUUAGAAUGUUGUUUUCUAGCAAUCCAAAAGGUUUUAUUUAUAAUUACUUUACACUUUCUAAAGUUAUUUUUGGCUAUUUAACUAAUCAGAUUGCUAUGGGCAACUACAGAAUUGAUGGUUAGAUUUUCGCUCUCUACGUACAAGUUUACAACAUUUUUGAAGUCACAUGUAAAUCACAAAGAAUUGAAAUGUUUUUUUGAAACAUUUAUAGAUACUACGUUGUCAGUAAUCUACCUCUUAAAGAAUUUUAUACAAAAUUUGAAAUAUUUAUUGUUACAGUAGUGCUCCCUUAAAACUAUCAUAUAUUUAGUACAUUGAUACAUAAGGCCACUCUGAGUAAUUGGGGUUUAAAACUAGUUAAUAUAGUAAAAAAACUAUUAAAUAUUAAGUUUUCUUUUUUGUGGUUGGAGUUUAAGAGAUAUUUUAGUUGAAAAGGAGCACUUUUUUUACAAACAAAUUUGAUACGUGCUUUAAAAAAAUAUAGUGUUAAUGAACAUUCCUGUGAGAAUGUUUUUGUAAUUUUCUUACAGUAUGUGGAAAUUGACAGAACAAAAAUUGACAUUGAGAGUUUCAUAGGUAAAAUUUUUAUUUGGUAAGCAAUAUCAGUGUAUGAAUGAAUGAGUUGAAUGUAUUCAUACGGUAGACUCCCGAUAUCCGGUUGCAGGUUACCUGGUCUGCGGGUUAACUGUGCCGUAUUUUACUUCCAUUAACCAUUAUCAAUAAAAUUGUUUUUGACUUUAUUUUUUAUUUUUUUGAUAUUUUGCAUUAUAUGCUACAAAAAAUGCUGCCAGACACAGUGCAUACAUAGUUGGUGUUAGUAUGUAUCAUGUCGAACUUUGAAACUGUUGGAGCAAAUUAUAAACACACCCCUUUAAGCAGUGCAUGCAUGUGUUCUAUCCACGUGCCCUUGUGAACCGCGCUCAGGUUGGCGCCGGCAUGGCGCGGUUGUUUCUGUACUACAAAUUUUUUUGAAAAUUACGUCCAACACUUACUACUUAUUAUGUACAACCUUAUACGGUGUUUGUCUAGAUAAUCAGGAUAAAGAUAUUUAAUAACCAAGCGGUUUUAUUUUGACAUUGCUUUAACUGUGAUUUUUGGUUACCCAUGUACCUCUUGCCAGUCAUUACCAUGUCUAGUCGGGAGUCUACUGUGUAAUUGUGUACUCAUAUUAGAGACUUGACAUCCAGAGCAGGGCUGAAACAAUAACACUACAAUGUUUGUGGGAGUGCAGUGAAACUGUGAUUGGAUUGUGAGAAAUAGUUACUAGUAUAACGUAGUUUCCAUGGUUGGAAAUUUAAAUUCUUCAGUUCAAGGGGAAAAAAAAGUAUCAGAGCGUAAGAAAGUGUAAGUUUAAGAAAUGGUAGAAUACUUUUUCUGGAAAGUGAUAUGUUUCCCUAUCUACUUAAAAUGUCGCGAACUUCUCAUGUUUUGUAAAUCAUGUGUUAAAUAGAAACAUGCCUUUGCUCAUGGGGUUAUUAAAUGAGUUAACCAAUUGGCAAUUACCCACACUUUUUAUUUUAUAUUUUACAAAAAUUAAUUUAAAAAAAAUUAAAUCAGCAAAUAUGUUAACAGUUCUAUCUGCAUAAAUUGACAUUUAACAUUGUCUUGUUGUUUCAUAUAAAGUACCUGAAUGAAAAAUCUUAAGUUGUAGUAUCACGAUCUUAAGGUGUAGUAUCACAUGCAGAGUAGUUUACAUCAUUUUAUUGUCAUUGCAAAUAACAUUUACUAAAUGUAGUGUCAUAAUUUGUGACCAACCUUCAACUGCAAAAGAGCUAUCGUGAUAAAUUUACAGGAAUAGCCCUUCAUGAUAGUAAUGGAAAGCAAACCAAUAUUAACUAUUCUGUUAGUGAGAAAUGCUUUGACAGAAAUAUUUGUGCUAUCAGGAGAACCUCAUAGUUUCAAGUUGAGAACAAUGUAGUCAAGGAUUACUAAAUAUUCUAGUACGAAAUCAUGCAGCAGACUAUGUUAGAACAGUCGUCACGCAAAUCCUGGAGCACUUGAUUGUAAAUUUAAUUCAACGUAAAGCAGAAAAAUUUACUUUCGCUACGGAUGUUGCAUGCAAUAAUCUAAUCCUGGAAGUCAUCUGCCCUCUUUCUGUCUAGGUCUGGCUUUCUAGUUAAGAACAUGCUGUUUAUUUUAAUUUGCAAAAGAUGAAGUAAAGCCAAGCAGAAAAAGAAAGUAGAGUUGGUAGCAUUAAAAAUAUUUGAUUUAAUUGAUUUAUUCUAUUAGUUUUUGCAUUGGUCAGUGAGUUGUGUAGUUGACUUGAAAUAAUAACUGCAUUAUGUAAAUUGCAUCUGUAUCCUCUUUAAAUCUACUUUUCUCAGACACAAUUUGUACAGAAUGUAUAAAAUAAUUUAUUGUAAUUUUAUUAUUUAAUAAACAUUUUUUUAAUAUUUAUAUAUGAGAUAUGUCCAAAUUUUUAAUUGACUCUAUUUUUCAUAUUAUAUUUUAUUUUUGGUAUUAUUACAGUACAUCAAAUAGUACUAGAAAAUUUAGUAGGAUUAUCAACACAUUUUAGUUUUGUGAAAACUAGCAAAAUUUUGUGAGCAUGGUUAAUUUUUGCAUGAAUUGAUGAAAGCAACUCAUUCAAAUGUUGAUGAGGGUAAAAAAUUUAUUACAGUGUAAUUCAGUAUAACCAAAAUUUGAUAUUUACUAUCUUGCUUAUUGCUAAGUAAACUGUGACAUGUUAAAAUUCCAGGUGAAGUAAGGAUUUAAGCUUCAUUAUCAAUUCACCUUGCUCUGUAUGUGAAGUAGAAUGUGUGUUAAAUUUAUAGUUUUCUAUUAAUGAAACUAUUUUGUUACACAUGUAUGUACUGUACAUCCAUUAACUAUGAAGUUUUGUACUGCUAGUAUAUAGUACCAUGUAUUUCUUUAUUUAUUCAUUUAACUGUCAUGAGGUUGUGACUGCAGUGCUGAAAGUUUUUUUUUUCAUUUGCAUUUUCUCUGGUCACUAUAUUGUAUGGGCCAGCAGUUCUGUGAGCUGUCAGCUCAGUGGUGAAGAGCGAGGGGCAAGCAGGACAAUGGGGGAGUAGGGAAGGGAGCGCGUAUCAACAUUCUCCCUUCGUUUUCUAUACCCGUUCAAAAGAAGUUGACUUUCAGUGCGAAAUGGCAAUGGAGUCUAGAAAAACCGUAGGAAAAGUAACAACGAUUCACUGCAAAGAAUGGAGUGUAAUCAGGUAUGACUUAAGUGAAAUAAUGAAAGGACACAAAACCAAAAAGUUAAUAAGUUGAAGUAGAUAAUGUUUCAAGAAAUUAUUCUUUGUCUCUGAGCAUAUCGUACUGGUCUGGUACUUCUGUAGGUGUUUAAUGAAAUAGACUAACUUCAGACCUACAAAGGCUGAACCUCUAUGUCGAUUGUGGUUGCUCUUGUUUCUUCCUAUGGUCAUUUGUGUUUCUCUCAGCUCUCACGUCUUUGCCUUUUAUCAGUUCAUCAGGUUUGUGUGCUCACGCUGGUCUGAUGCUGCUCCACUCUCUGCAGGCCGGGCUUUUAGUUUAGCGCUCCUGUUGUCGGAUGUUUGUAAUGUUCCACUCAAGAGUACCUUCACGGCUGUGCCAUUUUGACUUUUAUUUGGAUGCUUUACUUGAAUAUCUGCCUAUCUCAUGUCUGUCAUAUUCAUCAUAAUGACCAUUUUACUGAAUGGUCCUCUUGUCAUAGAGUAGUUAUGAAAAACACAAUUAUGUACUUGGGAAAUUCUGUCAACAAAACUUGGGAAAGGAAAGAAUGUAUUUGAGUAUUUAAAAUAUGUUACUUCUAAACAUCCAUUACCAAUUAUUUAAAGUUUUUAAUUAAUCAUACUAAUUAUGGACACUAUUUUGAAAAUUGGUUGUGCAACUUGACUAUUAUUGCAAUCAUGGCUGGUUGCAAGUAUAAUGUGUCUAAACAAAUGCUUAAAAGAGGACAUAACAUCAACUUUACUACAGACAAUAUAUGUCUUUGUUUUGGUUUUAUCAAAAUAGCAAGUCUUGAGAAUCAUUGUGUUGAUUGGUUUUAAGUUGUUGAAUAGCCGCUUUUGUUGGUACUUCUGAACAAAUUUUAAUUGAGUUUAUGGUUGGAUUGAAAGGCCAUGAACAUUUUUGUGAGAUUUAUUUGGUUUUGCCCAAAUAUCCAAAACUAUGUACAUUAUUAUAUUUCUUCAAUUCUGAUAUAAACAUACAUAUCAUGUGUACUACGAUUAAUUCAAGUAUAAAUAUUUGUAAAGCAAGGAGUUAAGUUUAUUUUGCUUCAAAAAAUAUUUUCAUUAUAAUAUAAAUUUAUUAUUAAAACAUUUUUUGUAAAUGGUGAAAAUUAUAUGCAAUUUUAUAUUUAUUUCCAUGUAGCUAUUCAACAUUUUGAAACAUUAUGUUAACGUUAUGCAAGUUGGCUUUUUAUGUACGUAGUUUAAAAAUUUUUUUUACAAUAUAAUUUUAGAUUUAAUCACUGCCCAAUUUGGGACUGCAAGGUUUUUUUGACCUCGUUACUGGUUGUGUAUUGAAAUAUUUUGUAAAUGUUUUAAGUUUGACUGUUUUUAGUGGUUGUUAAUGGCAUUUCUAGUCAGUGCUAGUCAGUUAUUUAUUCUAAUUGGCUCCACCCAGAAAUCAAAAUAAACCAGUCCGUCCCCGCUUAAAGUUGCUUGUAAGUACUAUGUCUGAGCAGAGCAACAUUUACAAAUUAAUAAUUUUAAUUGAUAUUUGUUGCUCAAAUACAUUUUAGUCAGAUAUGUUUGUAAUGUCACUUUGCCUUUUAACACCACAAUUUUUCAGCUCUAAGUUUUAAAUUUUAGUAGCACUUAUUAUAUAUAUUUUAAAUAUUUUAUUGUACAAAUUUACUGUCAGUUGUUUGAACAUUUAAUUCUGUAAAUUAAGUUUAAGUGUUAGAGAUAUAAAAAUUGUAUCUUUUUAAUUUUUCAGUUUACGUCCAUUGUUAUAUACUUGUGUAAUUUUUUUGUCGGAAAUGCAGUGUGUUACAAUACUGAAAGUUGAGAAGCUGGCUGGUGAUUCAUUAAGGAAGCAAUAUAAUUAUUUUGGCUAUUGUGUUUCUUGCAUUGUAAAUAGUGAUGGGAUUUUCGAUACUUCGAUACCUCGAUACCUCGAUACCUUCGUACUUGACUAUAUCGCAAAGUAUCGAGUAUCGAAACUGUAAUUUCGAUACAUUUUUUCGAUACCGGAAUGCUUGUUCAUUUGUGUUGAAUUAAGUUUUGAGUCGCCAUCGUACAAAAUUCAACUACAGUAGAACCUCGAUGAUACGUUCCCGUUUCAUACAUUUUCCCGUGUCAUACACCGAUUAAUUUGGGUCCCGCCGAAAGUACUAUAUUUACAAUGCUUUACUUUCCUGGAACAUACACUUAUAAAAUCAUUAAUUUCCCGUUUAAUACGUUUUUACGAAGUGUAAAAGACCUAAAAUUCACAAACUUUUUUGUUAUAUUCCUCCUGAUAAACUACGUUUUGAUGCCUUUAUUUUGAAAAACGUUAAUUGUUUACCUUUGCAAACGUAAGAAAAUAAAUUUAUCGCACUAUAGAUAUGUAUAGUAUCAGGAAGACUGCACUUCGGUAGUAGCAUCUAUGGCCAGCACCAUGUGAGACUAGUAGCGCAAACUAGCAAUAAUUAUUAAAAUGGUGCACGUGCUUUACAAAGGCACGGAUAUCAUAUUUUGUGCAUUCAUUAAUCUUUGAACUGAAUAUACCCGUUUGUUAUUGUUUUCUUACGAUCGAAUUGUUUUGUAUUUUACGUUUAUCAAGUUAAAAUUUUAUUGAAAAUUGUUCUGUUGCAUAAAGUUGUUUGUAAAAUGAAGCAAACAAACAAAAAUUUCUGAUUUUCUUUUUACAAUAGCCUAAUUUUUUUUAUUUCUAAUUUAGGCUUGGUGACUUUUUCCCCCCUCCAAGAAAGGACUUAACAUUUUGUAAGGCCACUGUUUCUCAUGUCAGCUUUACUUGAUUAUGGACUGUAUUUUACAUUUCUGAUGCUUUUAUUAUAUGUAUAUAUAAUGAUGAAUUAAUAUCUUUCAUUAAUUAAAUGCAAUUAUUUACACAUUAUGUAUUUAAGUUUAAUCUGACAUUGUGCUGGUAUGCUAGAUUGAAAAAAAAAUGUAUUAUUGCCAUUCCCUUUUCAUACAGGUUCCCGCAUCAUACACCAUUUUUGUGCCCUUUGUUGAAAAGUGUAUGACAGGGGUUCUAUUGUACUAUAACAGCUUAUUAGCCGUAAUUAUGAUAACCCAUAGGCUUACAUCAGAAUAAAUUAUAAUUAUAUAAGUCGUUACUGCAACUUGCCAAUAGUAAACAACAGUAAAGUAAGGUUAAUUUUUUUUUUGUUUGGUGUUCAAGAAGUUACGUUUUUCGUACGUUACACUUCUGAAAUUGAAUUCACAGGAAAUUUGAAAAAAAAAAAUUGUAUAAAUAUUGAGCACAUCAAAUUCACAUUAAUUGACUCCACUUGCAAUCCGUCGCAAUAGUAACAAUAACACGCCUAGUAAUAACAGUCAACAUCAUAGAGUAAGUACGUGUCUCGUCUCUCGUGUAUGGUAAGUACCAGAGAUUUGUAUCGAUAUUAUGAAUGUUUUCAAUUGCCGCGGUCGUAUAGUGACGUAAAUUGGAUCCACCAGUGCGAAAUAUCAUUGUUUGCGGCAAUUUUAUUUAAGAGAGCGCUAUCUUUAUUUACAUUUGUUCGCGGUAAAAAAAAGUGUACUGGAAAUAAAGGGCUAACUCUCUUGAAGAUAGUUUGUAUUUCGCUUCAAUUUUUUAUAUUUGAUUUUUAUACUCAAGUCUUUAAAGUUGUUUGCAGUUUGUAUUUUUGUAAUAAAGAGGGAAUUUAUAUAGUUUAAAACUAAUUUAUGUUAUUUGUAAUAAUUGUUACUUAAUGGGAAAAUAUUUUUCCCUGGAGUAUCAAAAUUAUCGAAAGUAUCAAACUGAAAAAAAAGUACAUAAUCGAGUAUCAAAAGUGUGGUAUCAUCCCACCUCUAAUUAUAAAGUAAUAUGCAGUAAGUUUAACUGGUUGUGUGUCAUUUUACCAACUUAAGAAUUGAUUUUAGCCAGAAUGUUUCUAACAUUAUGACCAUAUUGUAUUUUUCCUGGAAAGGAAUUUUUAAAUCUCUAUAAAUCCUGUUUGCACUGAGGGUCAUAUCAGGAACACAUGCAAGUUUGCUUUUAUUUUCCCAAUCAUAAUGUCUCGUAGGAUUCACUGUCUGAAUUUGUAACUAAUCACUUUACAUUACCUAAACGUUAUUGUUUUAUAUAAAUGUGUUUCCAAGUACAUUCAAAUUCAUACACAAGAGACUGUCAAGCCAUUUUAACAGUCUUAUGUUGUUUUAUCACUGCGUAGUCAGUGAAUGUUGUGAUGAUGAAUUUGUUGAAAACGUUGUUGAAGUUUUGGCUAUUAAGUGAGGUGUGUAAUGAUGUGAAAGAAAUUCUAGAAAGAAUUUUGGGUAUGAAUAUGUGUAGACAUUUCAGUUUUCUUGCAGUGUAAUUUGUUUCUGAAAUUAUUUCAUUUAUGCUGCCUCUUAAAAAAAUGAGUGGGUGAGUACUUGACCUGAUAUAAUAUUUGGAAGGUCUGAAACACAUUUGAAGUAGAGGUGGGCAGGAUAUUAAAAUGAAUACUGCACUAUCCCAAUAUAGAUUAACAAGUAUUUGUAAAUGUUGGUGGUUAUACUUUGAUGUAUGCAUUAUGAAUGUACAAAUGUGAAAUAUUCAUAUCUUGCCUUUCCCUAGAUAGUAGGGCUAUUUUUGAAGUUUGCAAGAUUUGAAUUUACUAGUUCUGAAGAAAUGUUGUGUAUUGUUCUGAAUUUUAUCAUACAGUGAGAGAGCGUCAUUUUGGGUUUAGAUUGUCAGGUUGGCAGCUCGGGCACAAAGUUGAUGAUAGGGCUGGUCACCUACACAUCUUGUAAUUUUUAAUAUAGAAACCUUUAGUAUGUCAUAAUUCCUUUUAAUUGUUUUGUUAUUGUGUUGUCUGUUGUAGUAGUGAUGAUUAUUUAUGAGCUCCUACAUUGAGCUACGUUAUUCUGUGGCUGCAUAGCACCCUCUGAUGUUCAUUUAGAGAAGUUGGCAGUAAUAAAGUUUGCAUUUUU